AAAAAGAAAAACUCAAACGGAUCUCAAUUGCAAACGUAGGAUAGGGGUUUUUGUUUCGCAGUGAGCUGAGCCUAUUAUCAACAUAAACAUUCAACACAAACAAUUUCAGUGAAUCAGCACAAUUUUUUAUUUUUUUUGUCUUCGUGAUUAUGAUUAUUUGGAUCAUGCUCUUCGCUUCAAUUUUCCUUUUCAAAUCCCCCUGAAUUUUUUUUUCUUUCUGAAUCACAUCAGAUUCAAUUGAAUUAUACCCCCUCAAUGCAAUGGUGGUCUGCAAAUGUCGCAAGGCUACUAAGUUAUAUUGCUUCGUGCACAAAGUUCCUGUCUGUGGGGAAUGUAUCUGCUUCCCGGAGCACCAAAUCUGCGUGGUCCGGACUUAUUCGGAAUGGGUUAUAGAUGGGGAGUAUGAUUGGCCUCCGAAAUGCUGCCAAUGCCAGUCUGUUUUAGAAGAGGGGGAUGGAUCUCAAACAACUCGACUGGGUUGUUUGCAUGUUAUCCACACAAAUUGCUUGGUCUCGCAUAUCAAGAGUUUUCCUCCACAUACUGCCCCAGCAGGAUAUGUGUGUCCUUCAUGUUCUACUACGAUAUGGCCUCCUAAAAGUGUGAAAGAUUCAGGAUCACGUCUUCAUUCCCAGUUGAAGGAAGCUAUCAUGCAGUCUGGUAUGGAGAAGAAUGUUUUUGGAAAUCAUCCUGUAUCAGUGACAGAAUCACGAAGUCCUCCACCUGCUUUUGCUUCAGACCCAUUGAUUAUUAGGGAAAAUCAUGGAAACUCAGACUCAGUUGAUGGAUACUCACCUGCAACUGGGUCAGAACUACCUAAACUUUCAGUGACAGAUAUUGUGGAGAUAGAUGGUGCUAAUCCAGCAGGAAAUUUCAUGAAAAACUCAAGUCCUGUUGGUCCUGGUGCCACCACAAGGAAGGGCCCAGUCCAUGUUGAACGACAGAAUUCUGAAAUUUCUUACUAUGCUGAUGAUGAAGAUGCAAAUCGUAAAAAGUACACAAAACGAGGUCCAUUCCACCAUAAGUUUCUUAGAGCUUUGCUUCCUUUCUGGUCUACUGCUUUACCUACUCUACCAGUGACUGCACCUCCAAGGAAAGAUGCAUCAAAUGCAGCAGCCGAAACCUCGGAAGGCCGUACACGGCAUCAAAGAUCAUCAAGGAUGGACCCCAGAAAAAUUCUUCUCCUGAUUGCAAUUAUGGCUUGCAUGGCAACUAUGGGUAUACUGUAUUACAGACUAGCGCAACGGGGUCCAGGGGAUGAGCUUCUUAAUGAUGAAUAAAUUUGUCUGCCAUUGAAUGAGUGCUCUUAAAGUCCGGAGAUGUUCAGCGGCUCCCAUUUUCCAUAUUGCUGGUUACUGUUGCUUCUUAAAUCCGUUUGCCUUCUUUAUUUGGACCAGUCGCAGUCUUGGCAAACAUACAAGUAGUAGUUUGUUGAUAAUUUUUCAUCUGGAAUGCCUAUGACAGUGACGUGUUACAUAAAAUCCUAGUCAACCAUCUUUGCUCUUUGCCCUCAGUUUUGGUGUCCACUUGGAAUGAAAUUGCAUCAUAUUCAGAUUUUAAUAUUGUUCUCUUAAUUGGAUUAGUUGUCUCCACCAUUUCAAAAAUCAAUUAAAGACAUUGUUAGCCGGCCCGUGUUUA